UUUGACAUCCUAUUUUAGCUCAAGUUCGUCUGGUGAUUGUCGGCCACCACGUUGUUAAAUCCGAAAAGCACAAAAAAGCACAAAAAUUUGUUUUACUUUUGAAACCCUAUAUCUAGGUUUUGUCGUUCGUUAUAUUAAAAAAGUGGGACGACCAUUCGGCGUCUUUUGUGGGGGUGGAGGUUGUUAAGCUGCUACGAUGGGUUCAGGUCUAGAACAAAAUGAAAAGUCUCCCACAAAAAAGCAAACAAUCAAAAGCAAUUUCGUUAAAGAAGCAAGUCCAGCAAAAACCGCCCACGAUUGGAGGAAGUAUAGUAAUAGGGAAGGACUUGGAAGUGAUGGAAUCUCUCCAGUGGAAGUGGAAUUUUAUGAUGAUGGAACUGUGACAUUCUUUUGGAGAGCUCAUACUUUGACGGUUCUUUUUCUUAUGAUUGCAGCACUCAUUUAUGUUGCAGUAUUUGAACCUGUUAUAUUAGACACUCAAUAUAACACCAAACGCGGACUAGUUGCCUGCGUAAUUGUAUUUAUCCUUCUCUGCGUAACCGUAACACCCAAUGGGCCAUUCAAAAGGCCCCAUCCAGCUUUAUGGAGAUUUACUUUUAGCUUGAGCAUAGUUUAUGAAUUAGUGUUGAUAUUUGUGCUGUUUCAGACAGCUGAUGAUGCUAGAAAACUUUUGAAACAUUUCGACAGCAAACUGGGGGAACCCUUAGCUGAACGUAGCUAUGGUGGUAGCUGUGUAAUCUAUGAUGAGACUGUGCCAGAAAAUCCAUGGCAUAAUGUCCUAGACAAAUUUGAUGCUUUUGUUCCCACACAUUUUUUUGGUUGGUGGUUGAAAACUUUGAUCCUGAGAGAUUGGUGGCUGUGUACUAUAAUAUCCAUAAUGUUUGAAGUUCUUGAGUACACACUGGAGCAUCAACUGCCCAAUUUUAGUGAAUGCUGGUGGGACCAUUGGAUUAUGGAUGCAUUAUUGUGCAAUGGCCUGGGAAUAAUAAUCGGAAUUCAAACCCUUAAAUAUUUUUCCAUGAAAACCUACUAUUGGCGGGGGUUGUGGAACAUACCGUCAUACAGGGGUAAACUUAAGCGGAUGAUCGCUCAAUUUGGACCUUAUAACUGGGUGCAGUUCGAAUGGCGACCACUAUCUUCACUUGGUCGUUGGUGUGCUACAUUGGGAAUUAUGUUCAUUUUCUUGUUGACAGAGCUUAACACCUUCUAUUUGAAGUUCGUCUUAUGGGUUCCUCCUGAUCACUGGCUCAAUUUGGUGAGACUAUUCUUGGUCCUGCUUUGGGGAGCAGUCGGCCUUCGGGAAACCUUCCAGUACUUUGACGAUCCAGACUGCGAGAAUUUUGGACGCCAAUCCUGGGUCAUUCUCGCGAUUGUCGUAACUGAAUUUUUGAUUGUUGCGCGCUUUGAUUGGGAAACGAUCACCAAACCAUUGCCCUGGCAUGUCGUCCUGUUUUGGUCAAUUUUCUUCUUAAUGCUGGUGACAUGGACGGUGUUUAGAUUCUUCAUUGCUAGUAACCUGCAAAAGAAUGCUGAUAGAUGGUUAGAGGAGCAGCGCCGCCGUCUCCUUUGGUUGCGAGCCAAAAGUAUUGAGCUUGGUAUUUAUAGCCCGGAGUCGAAUGAACGCUUAGAAAACCCAAAUGAAGCUAGCCAUCUUGAAAACACUUCAGAUAAUAUGCCACGAUCAAGUUCGAUGGCAACCAAACCAAAGAAACGUAGGGCCCAUAAAGCAGACUAGUUGAAGAAUGAAAUGGUCGGUCAGGGCAUUCUACAUAUUUGCACCUGUUUGAAUGGACCAAAACUAAAGCGUUAACAAAGAAAAAAGAAUCUUGAAUUUGAUGUAGAAAGGAGAUAAGAUCUUAAUGAAACAGGGGAUUGUUUUCAGUUCUAGAGAUUACCAACUAACUCAUUACACUUGCAAGUGUUUCAAUUAAAUUGCUACAAAAGUGUUCGAUAGCCUAGUCUUGCUUUCAGAGCUGGUCUCUUUCGUCCGUUUGAAGACGGAAAUUGUCUCUAGUUAUGAAAAAAGAAAAAGAAAUAAAAUUUAAAAACAAAAAGAAGCUAAAAGAAAAAAAAAAAUAGUUCAUCACAAUUCAUAGUUCAAAUCUAUCUGUUUUUUUUUUAGAAAAAAUUGAUAAAUAGAUGGCAGUGCAUUUCCAUCUACUGUCAGCGGUCGAAGGUGUUUCGUGAUAACAAUGAAGAAUGAAAUGACCGCCAAGAUUUCCUGAGGUGAGAAAAUCGAUAGCGAAGUAUACUACGCGAGACCGGUAUUGCGUGUAGCGAAACUGCAGUUUAUAAGCAGCAGGCUAGUUGGCUCGGCGUUUACAGCAGAAUCAGCUGUUCCAUCGAGCAUUGUGACAAAGAGAUCUGCAGUGGGUCAAAAGACGAGAACCGGGACUUGCAUCAUUCACUUCCAACCCCUCGUACAACAACGUUCCGUAUUCUGAACAUCAGGUUCAUAC